GGACCGAGGGGAGCCUUUGGUCUGAGUCUCGAGGCAGAUAGUGCUGUGCCGUUGGCUCGCGCCGUAGUGUUUCCACACUACAAGCCGGCUUCCUGGUGUUAUAUAUAUAUAUAUAUAUAUGCAUAAAAUUUGUUUGUGUCACGCGACAUUAUCACUAAACUGAUUAAACAGGAAACGGUCAGUGUCUCGUAAUAACCCUGUGCUGUUUUUUUUUCUUACUCGCUAAGCCGGAUAUAAAAAACAGUGUGUUUGUGCAAAAAACGAAAAAAAAAAGGUGAAUUGAAACAUGUGACAUCUCUGACAGGACUAUUAAAGGUCUUGAUUGAGUGCAGGUUUGUCAGCUGACAAUAAUGACUGCAAAGUGUUUUAAGAGAGUUGUCACGACAAUCGUUGAAGAGAUGAAUAUAGUUGACAGUCGACUACUCACGUGGAAAAAUCAUAUGACAGAGAAGACCUCUGUCUUGUACAUCCUUGACUUUUGAAGAGUAGUGACAAUUUUAUCGUUUUUAGAAAACUUUUUUCUAAUUCUUUUUUUUAAAUUAUCUGAAGAAUUUCUAAAAAAAUAGUGAUCCGACGGCUUGCUUAAUUUUUGAGGAUUGAUUAUCAUAAAGGAUAUAUGUUUUGAAUAUUUAGCGACGGUGAGAAUUACACGUCAAUGAUAAUUGUUACGGUGAAUAAAAGAUCUCCGUAACGGAGACGAAAAUAAUCAAAUUGAUUCCCAAUAUGGUCCUUGAACCAGGAGGUGGUUUGUCAUUUCCACCGCCUCCUGGUGGUGGUUCUGCUGCCUCUGGUGGCUCACUUCUUGGACCGGCGAGAUUAUUCCAGAGGGCGACACCUGUUUUUCCAUUUCAUCUUGCAGGAUGGCCACCUCAUCAUCAGGUUCUUGGACAGGUACAAAGUCAGGUCCAACAAACAAUGCAGCAUCAAGCUGCUGCCGUUGCUGCUGCACGUUUUUUGAAUCAUCAUCAUCCCCAUCAUACUCAUCCCGCGCUGGGAAAUCAUCCCCUUGUACCUGCAAUUGCCGCUCAUCAUCCCGCUGCUCAUCAUCUUCAUCAUUCAGCUGAUCAUGUUGAUGAUGACGAUGACAAGAAAGGAUGCGACGGAGAAUCGGAUGAAGGUGGUAGCAAGCGUAGAAGAAGCAGGACAAAUUUCAAUAGUUGGCAAUUGGAGGAACUGGAACGAGCUUUCCUCUCGAGCCAUUAUCCCGAUGUAUUUAUGAGGGAAGCGUUGGCUGUGAGACUCGAAUUAAAGGAAAGCCGCGUUGCAGUGUGGUUCCAAAACCGCAGAGCAAAGUGGAGGAAAAAGGAGCACACAAAAAAAGGACCCGGUAGACCUGCGCACAAUGCACAUCCACAAAGUUGUAGCGGUGAACCAAUUCCCCCGGAAGAAUUGAGGAGAAAAGAACGCGAAAGGCGACAGAAAAAAAUUCUAAAAGCUCUCGAAAGACAACAACGAAAAUUAGCCGCUAAGGGAAUUUCCGUUGAUCUCUCGACAUUGCGAGCCGAAUGGGAACAACGAAGUGCCGCAGCAUCAAGUGGCAAUUCCUUAGGCUCUUUUGGUCAUUUGAGCAAUAAUAAUGAGGGCAGCAGUAUUUCCGGUUCGGGGAAUGAUGCAAAUGAAGAAAUCGAUGUUGUUGGUGGUCUUGAUUCAUGUAGCGAAAGUGAUAGCGAACGAGUUGAUGAUUCAGCCGCCGAUGGUUCGAUAGAUGGUGAAUGUUAUCCGCGUAUGAUUGUUGAUCAAAAAUCACCAAAUUCCUCGAAUAAUCAUCAUCCACUUCAAAAUGCAAAUUCGGGUUUUCAUAUUAAUUUAGAUAUGAAUCAUCAACAGGGAAUAAAUCAUUGGGGUUUAAGUCUAUUGGAACGAAGACGAGAACUUAUUAGUCUAAGUAAUUCGGGAUUGAGAACAUCGUCAUCGAAUAAUAACAAUAAUAAUAAUAAUAAUCAUCAUCAUCAUCGACUGAUCUCAUCGCAACAAAAUAAUGAUCGUGUUCUGCAUGACGAUGAGGUGCAGAGUAGCAGUAUUGAUCUGUCUGUGAAAGGUAGGGAGGAAAGAAAGAGACUGAAUCCAUUCUCGAUAGACAGCCUCCUUGGUAAUAAUCGGUCCAGUACUCCCAUUAUUGUUAAACAAGACAGGUCAUCAACACCCACUCUCUCCAAUGGUAGAGAAUCAACUACCCCCACUUCGUUCACAUCCCCCAUUUCAUUACCAACAUCACCCUCAACCACGUAGUCUUCUCUCCGGGUUUAAGAAAAAUAGCGUUACCUUUUUUUUUUUUUAUUUUGCUUCAGUAAUCAUUAUUCGUGAAAAAAAAGUUCGAAUUCAGUUUUAAAUUCAUUUGAUAUUAAAAUUAAGCGGAAUUGAAAUAUUAAUUAUGGACUUAAUUUUGGAAAUAUCUUAAAUUAUCACAAAUAUUGUUCUUCGGAUAAUUUUAUUAUAAUUCGAAAUUUAAAUUGGUCUUUAAUUAUUAUUUUAAAUUUUUAAUUAGAUAUGUAUUUCAAUAUUUAAUUGAAAACAAAAUAAAUUAGAAAAAUUUAUCUCGUUUAUCGUAAAAUUGUGAGAUUGAUCUCAAGAACUUGUUUUGAUUUUUUCUCGUUAUUUUUAUUUAACGAGUUAGGUUAUAGAACUAUAUAAAUUAUAUUAUAUAUAAUUAUAUAAAUUAAAAAAAAAAAUUCCUUAUAUUGAUUAUAUAUGUAAAUAAUUCGGUUCAGUAAAUCGAAUUAUUAAAUAAUAUUUAUUUAUGCUUUCAGUAGAAAAAAAAAUGUUUGUACAUUUGAUUAAAAUUACAAAAAAAAAUUAAAAAAAGAAAAAUGAAUUUUAUUUGCAAUUUGCAAAUAACCUUAUAAUGUAAAAAGGAAAAAGAGAAAGAAAAAAAAAAUCAAAAAUAUUAGUAAAUUAAAAUAACGAAAUUUUGGAAUUCGAAUCAUUACUGAAGCAAAAUUUACGGUGACGCUAAACUUAUAUCCUCUCCACAUAUCUUUUUCUAUAGAUCCCAUUUUCAUCGAGAGGCAAAUGUGCAAUAAAAUUAAUAAACAAAAAAGACAUCGUGCAAACGAUGGUCAAGUCCUUCUUAAAAAAAAAAAGUAAAAAGAAUUUUUUUUUUUUCCAUAUUGUCGCGACAUUUAUUUAUUAAUAUUAUUUAUCAUCAUUAUCAUUAUCAUAUAAUUAAGAAGGACUUGCCACGUAAUUUUUUGAAAUGUAUAUUUAUUGUAAAUAGUUCGACGCAGUAAUUUAAUUGACGUAGUGUUUACGGAAAAAAAGUCUAAUGUUCGACGAUUUGCGAAUAUUAUUUAAAAGAAAAAAAUAAAUAUAGGGUUUUGUGCGCCCAAAAAGUGUGUAAAUAAAUAUGAGUGUGUAGGUAGGCAACUAUAUGACUUGUGAAUGAAUUAAUUCACAAGCUUUGAAGAUAGAACACGCCAUAAAAAAAAAAGAAAAAAAAAUAUUGAGAUUCAAAAAACAGUACCUACCGUAUAUCCAUUAUAAAUAUAUUAAUUUAUUCUCAAAUA